GCCAGUGUACACAUCGGUUUUGGUGACAGUUUACAACCAAAAAUUUUGCAUGUCAAGCAUAAAAAUCUGCUUUGUGCCAAACGCAGUUUUCAAAUUACAAUUUCCAAUAAAGUGACUAGUCGUUUGAAGGAAAUUAUUAUCAUAUUAUUGUGAUUGCUGAAAACUACACCAUUUGCAGAGAGCUGCUAAUCUUCUGAUAAAUCGAAUUCUACUUGGUUUCUGGAUAAUUUCGAAAGAUAUAACAAUGGAUCCGGGAUGGUGUGCAGUGAGUGGUCAUACGAAACGAUUGGCAAAGAGAGUCAACUCGACCAACGAAGGAUUCGAAAUCAGUGUAGAAAAAUUGAUAGAAAAUCCGAAUCUGGUGACAUUCAUUCGCGAAAAUAAUAAUACUUUGCCGAAUUUGCAUCUGGUUGGCACUGGAAGUAUCACAAAUGACAAAGCAUUGUUCGAAUUGAUCACUCGCUAUUGCACGAAUAGUGCAAAAAAACUGAAGUUCAGCUGGAUGACAAUCAACAUUCCGUUUGAAAAAUUGCAACCAUUCGCAUUGCUGAAAGAAGUCACGUUCGACACAUGCACGAUUGAAAACGAAAGCAUCUUAAAUUUCAAUCGGUGGUGCCCAAAUGUGGCCAAUCUGAUAUUUGAUGAAGGCACGACAUUGUCUCAUUCCGCAUUAGAUGCGCUCAAGUCAAGCACCCAAGCAUUGCCGCACGUGAAAAGUUUGUCCAUUGAUUUCAAGUCUUCGUCACUGAAAUUAACCCGAGAAUGGCUUGCUGUAUUGAACCAACAAUUUCCACAACUCGAAAAUUUGGAAUUGACAUUGAAGGACGAAGAUAGCUUCAAUGGCCGCACACUGACAGACACAUACCAGCCACUGUACUUUUCCAAUCUGAAGAAGUUGUCGGUGCAAGCCUUCGGUAAUGACAUCGAUAAACUCUUCGACUACAUGGCCAUUUCCAACAAGAAGUUGAAGGAAUUGAUAUUCAUUGGAUUAGUGGACACCCAAGAGCUAUAUGACUGGAUCAAAAGUUGCAAAAAGCUACAGAAGUUGACUGUUGAUUGUCGUUAUCUCACCGGAUAUAUGAGCGAUGUUACAGAUAUGCCAUUGGUGAAGGAACUCAAAUUGGAAGCAAAGAAGUUGGACAUGGAACCGAACGAAAUCAUUCAAACUGCUCGCAAUCUUCCGCGUCUUAAUUUGUUGGACAUUGUAAGCGAUUACGGAAAUGACGACAUUCAAUUCGGGCAGGAGUACAAGGACAUGUUUGCCGACUUGAAUAAGGAGCGCAAAAAGUUGACCAUCAAAGUCUUCUUCCACGAAGAAAAACGCGAAAUAAAAAUUUCGGAAAAGGGUUUCAGCGAAAAAUUCGGGGUUGUAGAAAAUGACAAUCCAUUAAACACGAUGGAACAUUUCGAAAAAUGUAUUUCAGACAUUCUGAAGAAAACCGAACGUCAGGUGGAAGACCUAUUGGGCAAUAAAUAAUGGAACACAAGUGUCUAAACACUCGAAUGGUCUGCGACCGAAAAAAAAUCAUAUUAACUUGCACUAACUUACACAUAAAAAAAAAACAUUAUAUAAAACAACGUAAAAGAACUCAAAACCGA